GAUGUCAUGGUUUGAUUCCGCGCCACUCCGCGUCAAACUUCCGUAACCGCAUUUUGUGAUACCUGUAUUUUAGCUGUAUAUAAUUAUUAAUCAUACUUUGGUUGGAUUUCCUUUAUCUAAUGCAUGUUUGUGCAAAGAGCAACAUUGUUUAUCGUGAAAUUUGGUGGUGGCCACUUGAUAUGCUUUUGCAACAGUGCAAAUUAGGUGCUCGAUCACAUUUUCAAAUGCAAUAUGAGUAUUUCAUUGUAUUUGUAUUUUGUAGCAUUUUGUAGGAACCCAAAAUUGUACAUGUUGGUUGGCUGUAGACACAGAUGACCUAGGUACCGGCUUGAUGGUUGUUUCAGUUCAUAUUAGUUAAAGAAUCAUAAUUAAGCGUUUAAAAGCAAUAACAUUAUUAUUAUGAUAAUAUAACGCGGUGGCAGCAUGCUGAAGUUAAUAAUGAGCGAUUUGAAACCGCUCGGAAACGAUAUGUUGGAUGGGAAAUCGAGAGUCGACAACGCUUUUAAGCAACAAGUGACCAGUCGGGAAAACAGUGCACGGAGUGGGACCGUAUGUUCGCUUACAAGUGCCUGUGCUGAGGACUGUGGAGCGUCCACCAUGAAGCUUUGCUUUUCUGUCCUUUCAGAGAUUUCAAAACAUCCGGAGCAGUCGCAAAUUUGGCACAACGAGAAUAUUUAUUGGAAAUCCGAGUACUUCAGACUUUUCAACGAGAAAAGGGAAUUGGAAAAGGAAGCCGACGAACUACGGGAAUAUCUGCGCGAAUUCCGAGAAGCUUCCAAGGAAUUAAAGGGCAUCAAGGAGUCAGUUUGCAGUUUAAAGAUAGAAUGUCAGAUUGUCCAAAGUGCACGUGAUGAAUAUUAUGCUAAAUCCGGCAACCUGGAUUCCUUAGUGAAGUCUCUUCGAGAAGCCGCUGAAAGGCGGAAAGACCUGGAAUUAGAGCACCAGGAAGCACAAAACCAGCUUCGCGAAAAGCAGGAUGAGAUCAAACAACUCCACAAGAAUGAAGUAGCCGGACGACGCAAACAUCAAGAAGUAAUCGAAGCGCUCGAGUCUAAGUUACGAGAAGUGGAAAAGAAAUGCGAGCUGCAAAAGGUCCGCUACGAAGAGCUGAGCGUGGAGAUGGAAUCCGUGCAACGGCAGGCGUCGCGUUCGCGCUCGUUAGCCAGUGUGACAACAGCGGAAGUGCAGACCUCUCCCGAAUCGGGCACGUCCACACCCGACUCGGCCCUGAGCAGUAUCGGCACCAACACCGGCACUGCCACCGUCGCCACCGGCUCGCGAAUGGUCAACGGCGAGACGCCAUCUACCACCCAGCGGCAGGCGGUGGUCAACUGCAAACCGCGUUUCGGACACCAGAAGAGCGAUUCCGGACUUGUAGGAUCCAGUCUGGACGAAUCCGUCUCCUCCCGGAAGGACUACUCGAGCUCAUCAAAGUAUGUAGCGAAAAGAUCGGCGCGCAAUUUAAUCCAUCAUCCGCUAUCCGCGACGGUUGACCGCGCCGUGGACACGGUGCCUUCCGCCGGUGACCUAUCCGGGAGACUGUCCGUCUUUGUGACGCGAUUCGCAUAUAUUCCGGCUAAGCACUCCCCCAACGAUAUCCAUGAUCAGGAGCUGGAACUGAAAAAGGGUGAAUUUGUGAUAGUUUUUGGUGAUAUGGACGAAGAUGGUUAUUACGAAGCGGAGACGUUGGAUGGUCGGCACGGUCUCGUGCCCAGCAAUUAUGUGGAGCGCCUGCCGCCGGAAGAGCUGGUAGAUUUUCAUGCCAGCUAUCCUAAUAACCCGGCUAUAGCAUCCGCUACAACCGGUAUGGGACCGCCUAUUAUUACCGGUGCCAAUCUCCAAGGGGUAAACUUUACUACCGCCCAUGCUCAUGUUUCUGCAACGCCCGGACGGAUAAGGUUUCGAGAGGAAGAAAGUAUAAUACCAUCUGAUUCCGUGCCAGCCCCGGUAAUGGGCAACAAUACCACCCGCCCAUCGAGCCUGAGUCAGAGCGCUCACCAUCCCGCGUCUGUUUUACGUGACCCGUCCAACCGUGGUCAGGAAGACAUCUCGGUGGCGCCGCCGGUUAAUCUGGUGCUGGAGAAGCAGAUGCACAAAAGUAUUAUGAUCGGCUGGUCACCGGCGAUGAUUCCGAUCAACAGGCCGCCGCCUAGUAGCGGCGCCAUAGACGCCUACAAUGUAUAUGUCGACGGGCAUCUACGCUGCACCGUGGGGGCCAAUGAACGUUGUCGUGCCUUAAUCGAGGGAGUGGACCUGUCGUCCUGUCAUCGCGUUAGCGUACGGUCGAAGACCACAACCGGAAGGGAAUCCAUGGAUAGUUUAUGCACCAUCCUGGUCGGAAAAGACUGUCCGGUAAUGCCGACACAAUUGCGCAUUACCAACAUAACCUCCAAUUCGGCCACGGUAUCCUGGUUUCCGGCCAAUAGCAAUUAUCAGCACAGUAUUUUCGUCAACGAGCAGGAGUACGCCAUUGUACCGGCAUCCAGCCACCGCUUCACCAUUCCCGAUCUGACGGCCUCCACCAUGUACCGGGUGCGAGUGGUGCCCAUUGUACCGAAAUCCACGCUGGACUACUCCAGUUAUCUGCAAGCCUGUGCUCAAGUGGAAUUCAAGACGCUCCCGGACAAUGUGCCCGAUCCACCGAGCACACUGCAAUUGGAAAGUGGGCCGCAGGACGGCACUCUGCUGCUCACGUGGACACCGGUGACCGCGCAGCGGAACUGUGAUGUUGUUGGUUAUGCCAUUUACGCUGACGGCCAAAAGGUUAAACAGAUCGACAGCCCCACAGGCGAUCACGCACUGUUGGACAUCACCCGUCUGCAGCCGCCGGUUCCACGCAGUUUUACCGUUCGUACGGUCUCCUCAAAAAGUUUAUCGCGCGAUUCCCCCUACCUGAACGUCACCGAAGACGUGUUACUGGGACGCGUAAAAGCCGUUGCUCAAGCCCAAAGCGAACAGCCUUACUCACAACCUCAGACCACGCAACUACAAUCCACCGCACUCCCGCUCAUUCCGGCCUCUCUCAACCCCUCCCCAGGCGGCCAUCCGCCCCGCAUGCCAUCCAAUCGCCAGACAACAGUGACCUUUUCCGACUUUCCUUCCCGCACGGCUCCAUUUCCCGGUAAUUCACCCGGCAUGUUUCCACCACAGGGUCCGUCGCCGGAUGUUUUCGCCGUUGCACCAGAACGAGAAGAACUAUCUGAUAUUAUGGAGGAAGUGGAAGAGGAAGCGAUGAUGGAGCGAAUGCAUCGCAUGGGACCAUUUGGUGCACAAUUCGGCCGGCCGAAUAUGCCGCCCCGGGGAGGACUGCGCAGCCCACUGAUGAAUCGACCUGGUGGCCGAAGAGAACCGCCUUUGCCGGAAUCUGACAUGAUGAUGUCAAGCCCAGGAGGACCACCGCUCCCUCCUCCCCAAUUCGGCUUCGCUCGAUCCUUCCAAGGCAUGAACAUGGGACCGCCGCCCGGCCAGCCACCGUUCUUCCCGCCCGGUCGGUUUCGUGACCGGCCGCUGGGCCCCGACGGAAUGCGCCGCCAAAACCGUCGCGAUGACUACUUUCCAGCGCCGUACGAAGACGACUACUUCCUCCGUCGAGGACCCGACCGAGACCGCGACCGCGAUCCUCGUCUCCCACGUGAACCCUACGGUGCCAUGCAGAUCCGCACGUCUUCCUUGCCACAGAUCGAAAUCACCAAGGACGAUUCUUUCGAGAGUAUGGACUCCCGACAUCGGGCCUUCUCCGAUCGGGAAGAAGAACGGCCGCGUCGCAGCCUACGCAGCCGGUACAACAGUCCACCGGGCAUGGAAGAAGGCGGUUCGUUCCACCGGCAAUCAGCGCGUCAACGCAGCCAAUCCCGCGAUAGGAAACGCGACAGGUACGAUCAGGGCGCUCUGAGGCAAGACGAGUAUGAAGAGGAAGCGGCCAGGCGGAGAGGUGAAGACAUGCGGAGGGAUUUACCGAGGGAUGGAUAUCGCGAUGAAAGGUCAACGGGAUUAAAUGAGCCCUUAGAUAGACGGAGAGGAGAUGGACGCACGGGAGGAACACUGGAGCGCAACGCAAGAAUGGUACGAGUGUUCCGAGCAAAUUUCGACUACGAUGCGUCCAUGUCACCGAAUGUCGAUGCCGACAGUGAGGAACUGUCGUUCAAGCAAGGACAACUCCUAAAGAUCUACGGGGACAAAGAUUCUGAUGGAUUCUACAAAGGUGACAUACAAGGACGGCAAGGACUGGUUCCGUGCAAUCUUGUCUCGGAAGUCACAGACGAAGCCACGGUUCGGCGCAUUCUUGGCAACAGCGGAACAUCCACAUUAGAACGCACUCGCUCCAAUCCUGGAAAGGAAACGAAGCAGCCUGGACAGGCGACCGUGCAGUUCCGCCAAAAAAACACGAACCAGCCGGCGGAUCGUACGGCCAAAGGGCCUGUACGAAGGAUGGUAGCGAUGUACGACUACGACAGCAAAUCGGCUUCCCCCAAUGUUGACGAUGAGAUGGAAUUAUCCUUUAAGAAAGGUGACACAAUUUACGUGAGCGGUGAAAUGGACGAAGACGGGUUCUUCGAAGGUGAACUGAAUGGAAAGCGCGGCUUGGUGCCAUCGAACUUCCUGCGCGAUGCAUCCGGUGCCAAUCCCCCUCCCGGGAUGGCUGGUGCCCGUCCUCCCCCCAACCCCUCCGGACCCUCCUCCACGAACCAAGCCCGCUCCAAUAAGCCCCCACCGGUCAUUCGGGAGCCCCAUGAUAUGGCCCAGUCACCCCGCACUGCCCAGUCGAUGACGGCUCAGUCUCGCGCGCCUCCGCCGGGCGCUUCCAGUCUGCGGCCUAAUCCCGACAUGCACGGCCAGUCCUCUGGUCAUCUCAAUCCCAACAGAUAGCGACACACGCUGGUUGAUACAUUUGGACGUUGCAGUGCAUUUACACAUACCCAAAACACGGUGCAGAUCGAGUGGAUCGCAGCGGAUCGAUUCAGGUCCGAAGGAUGUCUGCUACAGCGCAUGACCUUAUCUGCGAUAAGUUGUGUUUCAGUCGGCGUAUCGGUCCGUCUAAGAGUUGGUUGUUUCCAGUGUUGAUAAGCAAAAUUCUCAAAUUUUUUACCAUUUGAUGUCCUGAUUGGUGCAUUAACCCGGUGUUCUGUUCCCUUGUGGUCCUUGUUGUGAGAAAAUCAGGAGCAAAGAAUUUUCCAGUAAUUUUAUCAAUAAUCCACGUCUUGGUGCGCA